AUGGUAGCACAUACCGGGAAUUCUACGGUGACCACCACAACUAACACAACAUUACCGACAGCUAAUUAUUUAUCACCAACAUUUAAAAUGAAUUUACCACAAAAUUUACUUCAUCCAAUUGAUUCAUGGACAAAAAAUGAUGUACAAAAAUGGAUUGAAUAUUGUAUAGAAGAAUAUUCAUUAGGAGAUGUUAACCGAAGUGAUUUUGAAAUGAAUGGUAAAGCAUUAUUAUUAUUAAAUGAAGAUAGUUUUAAACAACGUUCAUCACGUUCUGGUGAUAUUUUACAUAAAGCUCUUCAACAACAUCGAGCUAUGCUUAAAUCAUGGCAUUGUCAACCAUUUCCAUAUCAACUAUGGAAUAAUUUUCCUUUUCCAACUGCUUCAUCAUCAACAGCACGUCGUUUUAAUAUUCCACCACCACCACCUCCACCACUACCUAUUUCGUCAUUUCAUUCCAAUGCUGCCGGUGUACUUGCACAUCCAGCUGCCGCUGCUGCUGCUGCUUGUAUGCAUCCAGCAUUUAAUUAUAUAUUUAAUCGUCCUGAUAUAAUUCCAAAACCAUCUUCGAUUAAUCAUCAAUCUAGCUAUUUUCAUUCACUUCAACAACAAUCAACACAAAGACGAGGAAUAUCACCAUCCUCAACUUCAUCUUCUCCUUCUUCAGCAUCAUCAUCACGUUGUCCAGAUGCUGAAUCAGUCAAAAUUUCACCUAAAUCCGAUAUUCUUCAUCCGGUGCAUGAAUCUAUGGGUGUAAAACGUGAAGCAAUAUCACCUAGCAUUCAACAAACAAAUCGUCAACCCACUCCAACUAGUUCACCUAUGACAACAAUAAAAACAACGAUUAAUACUCCUAUAAAACAAGAAUGUAUGGAUGAUGAAGAUGUUGAUAUUGAACAACAUGAAACAGUUUCAACACCACCAUUAGCAUCAAAUUCACCAUCAUCAUCUCCUCAAUCAUCAUCAUCAUGUUUAUCAAAAUUAAAUCAUUUAAAUAAUGAAACUAUUCCAUAUAAAAUUCGUUCACAGUUAUUAUCUCGAAUUAAACAACAACCAAAUGAUGUAACAAAUACAAAUGAAAAUAAUGAUGAUUUAAAUCGAAAUAAUCUUACACAUGAUAAUACAAGACAAAUACGUUAUUAUCAUGAUCGAAUUGAUUUUCGCGGAGAUAUUUUAAUGAAACCACCAGCUGCAAAAAAUUGCCGUAUUUUAUGGGAAUUCUUAUAUAUUUUACUUGAAGAUCCACAUUAUGAAUCGAUUAUUCAUUGGGAGAAUCGUGAAAAAAUGAUAUUUCGAAUAAUUCAAGCAGAUAAACUUGCUGCACUUUGGGGCCUUCAAAAAAAUCGUUUAUCAAUGACAUAUGAAAAAUUAUCACGUGGUAUGAGAUAUUAUUAUUCAAAUAAUAUUAUAUCAAAAGAACAAUCGAAACGAUUACUUUAUCGUUUUAUGCGUUCACCGGAUGAAAUUCGAAAAAGUAUGAAACGUAAUGGUGGUACAACAAAUAUGAUUUAUUCAAGUCUUAAUAAGAAAACAGCACUUUCAUAUCAAUCAACAACGAAUACUGAUGAUCAAGAAACUAAUGUGAAAUAUAAUGCAGAUAAUGAUGAUAAUUCAUCAUCAUCAUCACAUUUUACAAAUUCAACAACAUCAUCACAAAUGAAACAUCAACUUCUUCAAUUAUUUUCUAUUUAUUCACCAACUGCUACAUCAAUGGCAUCAGGUAUAAAUCCAGCUGCACCUUAUUUAUAUGCUACACGUAAUGCAACAAAUAAUUCAUCAGCAUCAUCUGCAUCAACAUUCAAUACAAAAUCGAUUCCAUUAUUAACAACAAUUUCAAAAAGCGAUCGGUCAAAUUCAUCAUCACCUGAAUCAUUCGAUAGUAAUCGUGAUCGUACAAGUGACAGUGAGAAACAACAUUGUAGUCCAUCACAAUCACUAUCAUCAUCAACAUCAACAUCAUCCUAUUCAACAUCGACGAAACGUAAACAAGCAGUUCCAUUAUCAUUAACAGCUCGUCUAUCUUAUCAAAAUCAUCAUGUUGAUCAACCACUUAAUUUAGCUGUUAAUAAAGAAGAAGACACAAUAUCCGAUUGUAAAAAACAAAAAGUUAUUUCUUCUCCGUCCAUUGCAUGA